CCUGUUAUUGCCCGUGCGGGCGGCGGCUCUCUGGGAGCGGUGCGGGGGCUGCCGGCGCCGCUUCCGCUAGCGCCCGCGGGGACGGUCACCCGCCCAGCGGCUUCGCGGUGAUUGAGGGGCGGGUCGAGAGGGUUACGAGUGCUGCGGGGCGCGGUCCGGCCCGGCCCAGCCCGUCGGGGCGGUGGCUGCGGGCCGGCGGGGGAGGCCGUAGCUGUGAGAUGAACUCUCCAUUAAUUUUAUUCAUGGCGUAUGAAAGUUACUGCAACCACAAUCCAAGAAUAUUACAUUCUGAAACAAAAAAAAAAGACACUGCAUGUGAGAACUUUAAAGAAAACAGCUUUGAAAUGUUUACUUGUACAAAUCCCUGCUUGAAAAACUUCCAGUACAGAGCUAUCUAAAGACUUAAAAAUGCCUCCCCGACCAUCAUCUGGCGAACUAUGGGGCAUCCACUUAAUGCCACCGAGGAUCCUAGUGGAGUGUCUUCUCCCAAAUGGAAUGAUAGUGACUCUAGAAUGCCUCCGUGAGGCCACCUUACUAACUAUUAAACAUGAACUCUUUAAAGAAGCUAGAAAAUACCCUCUCUAUCAGCUCCUUCAGGAUGAAUCUUCUUACAUUUUUGUAAGUGUUACGCAAGAAGCAGAAAGAGAAGAAUUUUUCGAUGAAACACGGAGGCUUUGUGACCUGCGGCUAUUUCAACCUUUUCUAAAAGUCAUUGAACCAGUAGGCAACAGAGAAGAAAAGAUUCUUAACAGAGAAAUAGGUUUUGCUAUUGGCAUGCCUGUCUGUGAAUUUGACAUGGUUAAGGAUCCAGAAGUACAAGACUUCAGAAGAAAUAUUCUUAAUGUUUGUAAAGAAGCAGUGGAUCUUCGAGAUGCCAAUGCACCACACAGUAGAGCAUUAUAUGUCUGUCCUCCAAAUGUGGAGUCUUCAUCUGAGCUACCCAAACACAUAUACAAUAAACUCGAUAAAGGGCAAAUUAUAGUGGUGAUAUGGGUAAUAGUCUCCCCAAACAAUGAUAAGCAGAAAUACACCUUAAAAAUCAAUCAUGACUGUGUGCCUGAGCAAGUGAUUGCUGAAGCAAUUCGGAAGAAAACACGAAGUAUGUUGCUGUCAAGUGAGCAACUGAAACUUUGUGUCUUGGAGUACCAGGGCAAAUAUAUCUUAAAAGUGUGUGGCUGUGAUGAAUACUUGCUAGAAAAAUAUCCACUGAGCCAGUAUAAGUAUAUAAGGAGCUGUAUAAUGCUUGGUCGCAUGCCCAACCUGAUGCUGAUGGCCAAGGAGAGCCUCUAUACCCAGCUGCCACUGGACACCUUUACAAUGCCAUCUUACUCCAGACGUAUCUCAACAGCUACACCCUACAUGAAUGGAGAAGCUACAGCCAAAUCCCUCUGGACUAUAAACAGUGCUCUCAGAAUAAGAAUCCUCUGUGCAACCUAUGUAAAUGUGAACAUCAGAGACAUUGACAAGAUCUAUGUAAGAACAGGUAUCUACCAUGGAGGGGAACCUUUGUGUGACAAUGUGAAUACUCAAAGGGUACCUUGUUCUAAUCCCAGGUGGAAUGAAUGGCUGUUGUAUGACAUGUACAUUCCUGAUCUUCCACGUGCUGCUCGGCUCUGCCUUUCCAUCUGCUCUGUCAAAGGUCGGAAGGGUGCUAAAGAGGAGCACUGCCCUUUGGCUUGGGGAAAUAUAAACAUGUUUGACUACACAGACACUCUUGUAUCUGGGAAAAUGGCUUUGAAUCUUUGGGCAGUACCUCAUGGACUGGAGGAUUUGUUGAAUCCUAUUGGUGUAACAGGAUCAAAUCCAAAUAAGGAAACUCCAUGUUUAGAGCUGGAAUUUGAUUGGUUUAGCAAUCCUGUAAAGUUUCCAGAUAUGACGGUGAUUGAAGAACAUGCCAAUUGGACAAUAUCACGGGAACUGGGGUUUAACUACAGCUAUGCAGGGCUGAGUAACAGAAUAGCCAGAGAUAAUGAAUUAAGAGAAAGUGACAAGGAGCAACUGCGAGCCAUAUGUACACGAGAUCCUUUGUCUGAAAUCACUGAGCAAGAGAAGGACUUCCUCUGGAGCCACAGACACUAUUGUGUGAAUACUCCAGAAAUUCUGCCCAAAUUACUUUUGUCUGUUAAAUGGAAUUCCAGAGAUGAAGUGGCUCAGAUGUACUGUUUGGUAAAAGAUUGGCCUUCAAUCAAGCCAGAGCAAGCAAUGGAGCUUUUGGACUGUAAUUAUCCAGAUCCGAUGGUGCGGGCGUUUGCAGUUCGGUGUCUAGAGAAGUCCUUGACAGAUGACAAACUAUCUCAGUAUUUAAUCCAGCUUGUACAGGUUCUGAAAUAUGAACAGUAUUUAGAUAAUCAGCUUGUGAGAUUUUUACUCAAGAAGGCCCUCACGAAUCAAAGGAUAGGACACUUCUUCUUUUGGCAUUUAAAGUCUGAAAUGCACAAUAAAACUGUAAGUCAGAGGUUUGGUUUACUUCUGGAGUCCUAUUGUCGAGCGUGUGGAAUGUACCUGAAGCAUCUGAGCAGGCAGGUGGAGGCUAUGGAGAAGUUGAUUAACCUCACAGAUAUUCUCAAGCAGGAAAAAAAAGAUGAGACCCAGAAGGUACAGAUGAAGUUUCUUGUUGAACAAAUGAGUCGGCCAGAUUUCAUGGAUGCUUUACAAGGUUUUAUCUCACCUCUCAAUCCUGCUCAUCAACUGGGGAAUCUUCGGCUUGAGGAGUGCAGGAUAAUGUCAUCUGCAAAAAGGCCUUUGUGGUUGAAUUGGGAAAACCCAGAUAUUAUGUCUGAAUUGUUAUUUCAGAACAAUGAAAUAAUCUUUAAAAAUGGAGACGACUUGCGUCAGGACAUGCUGACACUUCAGAUAAUUAGAAUUAUGGAAAACAUCUGGCAAAAUCAGGGUCUUGAUCUUCGGAUGUUGCCUUAUGGUUGUUUGUCAAUUGGUGACUGUGUGGGGCUCAUUGAGGUGGUGAGGAGCUCUCAUACCAUCAUGCAGAUUCAGUGUAAAGGAGGCUUAAAAGGAGCAUUGCAGUUCAACAGCCAUACAUUGCAUCAGUGGCUCAAGGACAAGAACAAAGGAGAAAUGUAUGAUGCAGCUAUUGACUUGUUUACACGUUCUUGUGCUGGCUACUGUGUUGCUACCUUUAUACUGGGCAUUGGUGAUCGCCACAACAGUAACAUCAUGGUGAAAGAUGAUGGACAACUGUUUCACAUUGACUUUGGGCACUUCCUUGACCACAAGAAGAAAAAAUUUGGUUAUAAAAGAGAACGUGUGCCAUUUGUCUUAACACAAGACUUUUUAAUAGUGAUUAGUAAAGGAGCCCAAGAAUGUACCAAAACAAGGGAGUUUGAAAGGUUUCAAGAGAUGUGUUACAAGGCUUAUCUAGCAAUUCGGCAGCAUGCCAAUCUCUUCAUAAACCUUUUCUCCAUGAUGCUUGGCUCAGGAAUGCCAGAACUGCAAUCCUUUGACGAUAUCGCGUACAUCCGAAAGACCCUGGCACUGGACAAAACUGAGCAGGAAGCUCUUGAGUACUUCAUGAAGCAAAUGAAUGAUGCUCACCAUGGUGGCUGGACAACAAAAAUGGACUGGAUCUUCCACACAAUAAAGCAGCAUGCUUUGAACUGAAAUGAAAGCAAAGAAAACAAGAACUGGUAGCCCUCUUGGGUACUGCACUGUUAAUACCCAUUAGCAGCAAAGACUGGUUGCAUAGGAAUUGCACAAACCAUGAACAACUUUGGAAUUUAUGGCAAGAAAAGAGAUGAACUGUUCAGACAAGUGUCAAAAAAUAAUGUAAAACAGGGUUUCAGAUAGCACUAAAAUUGUACACUUCAAAAAUUAAGCUUUAGUAUGAUGUGUGACUUCAUGUUAUGCCUUAAGCCCAAAAAGGUAAAGUUGGAAGGGUGUUUUCUUUUUCCAUUUGAUAGGAUCCAUUAGAAGGAAAAAGAAAAUAGCAGUAGCAUGAGCAUAGAGUCCAUCACAUUUUACUUUAGAUCUGGUACAGCAGUAGAGACUAUGCUGGAGUGACAAGAGUGGAUGAAAAUUCAAGUGAUAGUGAACAUGAUGUGGCACUCAUGGUCUAGUAACUGUGGCAGUAGUGGAUCAGAGGUUGGACUUGAUCAUCUCAGAGGUCCUUCCCAGCCCAGCUGCUUAUAUUUUCUGAUUUAAAUGCAACGUAGUUUGAAGGGAAAAAGAAUUUCUUAAGCUUAAAGAUCUAAAAACAGUAGUGAGAGGACAGUGCCUUUUAAAUGUGCUCAGAGGCAUUAACACUUAGGAGGUUUAGAUGACCCCUGGAUUUCUGGGUCCGUCGUCUGCACGGUUUCUGAAAGCAGUAGGAAAUAGGCCCGUGCAGUAUGGUGUUUCUUCUGCUCAGUAUUUCUAGGGGUGCAAUUCACACUUUCACAAAGAAACUCCCUAUCAUUCCCAAAAACUGACUAACUUGGAAAUUGAAUGGUCAGCAUUGGGUUUAGUGCAACAGAGAGUUGUAGCGUUCAUCUUAGGUUUGCUUUAAUCUAACUUGAACUGAAUAGAUUUUUUUCAUACAUGUUUUCCAGAGCCUAAAGAAAGGUGAGUUAUUAAAAUUAUUGAAAGAUUAUUUUUUUAUAAAGGCUAUUUAUAUAAUAGGAACUGUUAUUAAUAUAUAUUCUUUAUUUACAUGAUUUGUCCAAUAUUCGUUCUUCUAAUUUUGCAGCCCAGUUCUAUCUGUCCAAGACUCCCAUUUCUAUUAACGUCACUGCAGGUGGCCAGAUUUACUCCUAGGACCAAAUUCAGCCCUGGUUAAAGAGGACGUGAGUACCACUGAAGUGCAGUGGGAGAUAAACCCACUAAUGCCAGAGGUGAACUUGGCCUAAGUCUCCUCAAAAAUUUUCGGGCACUUCACAUUAAUGAAGUGAUAUGUUGGCUAUUCAAGGAACAUACAUUUAAACCCUCAGUCUUUGUGUCCACCAAUUCUCCUUUUUCUCCCUCCUCUGGAAGUGAUUGUUUAAUCCAGGGACAGGUGAAUCAGAAAUAGCAAUUUAGAUUUUCAAUAUGAUCAAUAAUAAGCAGUUCAACGUACAGCAGAUCUGCUGGCUAGCUCAAUGCAUGCAGAGUUACCAAACAUUUUAUAGCUUUGUCUGUUUUGUGUGUGCGUGCCUGUAAUAUAUAUUUGUAAAUCUAGUUGUUGUCUUCUAACACUAUUAUUACGUGUGCAAUCAAUUAAAUUGGCACCAUUUUUGGAAACUGUUCAGAGUACCAAGGAUUUCAGAUUGCCCUUAUGUAUAACUUCAGGUAGGACUGUUUUUCUAAUUAUUAAACAGGUUUUUGAAUUAAUGAAGCCCAUGAUUCUGAGGGUGUUCACCCUAACAUUUAAAACUUGCUAGAUUGGCAGCACUUGGAGUGAAUUCCAAAGGUCUGGGGCUUUUGGGGGUUCAACUCAUUCACUUGCAAGCAUGCACCGAGGUGCCACUCACAAAGUGCAAUACCACAUGUAAUAUAAAAUAUGCUGACAGCUGGUUUUAGAUUAGAAUAUAGGUAUAUAAAUAAAAUGUACUUUGUGCAGGCUGUACUGAUGAGGUAAUGAGUGGUUGGCUUCAUUUAGCAAAGUGUAAUAUACUAAAAAUGUGCAAUCAGUUACAUUAUGAAAGACCUUGGGGAUUGUAAAGCCAAGACUUCAGUUUUUCAAGACACUUUCAUAGUCAAGAUCCUGCAGUUGGUUACUGUGCACGUGGAUACUUGAUGUUGUGGGGGGAAACCUGUUUUUGUGAAAACUACAGAAGUUCCAAGAAUAGUAUGGGGAAUGUGAAGUUUUAUUUCCUUACGUCUACUAAAUAUUUUGGAGUAGUCCAAUAGACUUCUCAUUGAUCUUUUUAUUGUCUGUUACAUAUUCCUUUCUGUUCAUAUUUUGACUCCUUCUAAUGCUGGUCAUACUUUCUAGAGCAAAAUUACCCUUGUAUAUAUUACUUUGCAGUCAACACACUCUUAAUGAUUUAGCUCUUUUAAACAUGGCUUAGUUUCAGUUUGAAUUUGGCUCACAAAAUCUGAAACCCUGUUGGCUGUAACUCUUCAUUUAACUGAGUAAAACAUGUACAAAUGCCACAUUAGGUGCUAUAUUAUCCUUAUUUAUCUGGUAUUGAAACAAUGUUUUACCUCAUUUAUCUAAGAGAUGGUCAGCCUUUUCUAGCCUGGAUGAAAAGGUCAACUCAAAUUUAUUGGAUGUUAGUUAUGAGCCCAACUUCUUUUGUAUUUUGCCCCUUCGUAGCCAUUUACCUCUGUAAAUAUAAUUGUAGUGCAUUCUGCACACUUUUUGAACAAACAGAAAUGUGAGGAAUCAGACUCUGUUUCCAAAAGUUAAUGCAACGAAAUGCUGUGCAGAAGCUGUAGAAGUUAUGAGCAUCAAAUAGCAGAAGAAGGAAAGUUUCGCAGUGAUACAGACACACUAUGAUUUGGGGUAAUUUUAGGCUUUAAUAAGUAAAAAAAUUUUUAAAAUCAUUAAAAAAAAAAAGGUAGGAGAAGGUCAUGGGCUUUAGCAGUUGUUCUGGCAGUUGUUAGCCAGGACAGGCAUUUGAAGAACAUUCUGCCAAUAUUUAAGGAAAAUAAGUUAUCCUUUUUUUUAACCUUCAAAGUGUUCGACCCGUAUUAUUACCUUAUCCUGUUAUGUCAGUGUUGUCCUGAUGUAACUUCAGUGAAGAUAGUGGAGGUACUGUUUACUUAGACUGGUAUAAAUGAGAGGAAGUCAUCUCUUUGGUAUCAGAAAGAAGAUCUGCUUACAGACUGAAAGCACCUGUAACUGAGCUCUAGAUUUUUAGAGAUGGCUUGGAAUUUAGAUUUUCAUCUUUUGACUAUAUCCACUUCAUACAAAUUUGAAAAUGUUCCCUUUAUUCUGAGAAUCAGCUGCAAAAAAACAUAAAGGAGCUUAUUUUGAGCUUGAAUUGAAUCGGAACACCUUCCUCCUGCAAAACUUUGUGGUAGGAAGGGAGCCCUAGAUUGGGCCAUAUGUUUUAUUGCAAAGCAUUAGGAAAUGCUGAUUUAGUGAAAUACAAAUUUAAAAACCAGUAACUUUUUCAACUGUGAAGCUAUGUUUAAUUUAGUGUUAGAACAGACUGCUGAUGAUUAGCUUUUCUUAAAAAUAUAUUCUUUGCUUUCUUAAAGACAGCAGAAAAAGCACCUCUACUGACUUUCAUGUGCACACUUUUCUGUUCUGAAGGGGUGCAGUAGUAGUUUUUUCAUAGACGAAAUAGACCUUAAAUACCAUGUUUAAAAUAAGAAAGCAUUUAAAUAAAACCAAAAUUGUUACUGGUUUGGCAUCUUGUGGAGAAGAUAUAAGCCUUGAAUAUUAAGGGCAAUAUAGAAAUUACCAAGGUUAUAGAGAACUUGGUAUGUGAUGACCCUGCUGAUGACAAUAGAGAGGGUUGUUUGGUUUGUUUUGGUUUGUUUGGUUUUUUUUCAGCUUCACUUUUUAUGUAAAAUACUAAAUGCCCUUUCGUGGUCAGUAGCCCAUGUUUGUUGACAAUUUGAAGGUAUGUUCUUUGCUUUGUCAUUUUCUACCUGGCACGUUCCAAUGUCUGUUCUUAGUAAUAAUUAUUAAUUCCUCCUGUUUUGCAUGUCUGUACAGGUUGCAGACCUGGGCUGGACCCAUUCAAAAAUAAUUAUCAGAAAAGCCACUUGACAUUACUAUUUUGUGGAUGUUUUGACAUCUUUGAAAGGCAUCUUUCAAGUUAAUGAAAUUGGUGUGGUAUUAUAGAAAGAAUUGUACCUUGCUGCUUCUAAGAUUAUUACUUUUGUUAACUUCCACAUUUCUUUUUCUUGGCUUAGUUUUACUUGAAUGGAAGAACCACACUUGUUUGGUUUUGUUUUGGUUUUUUUUUUAAUACUAUAUAGCUGUGGAUGUUGUUGCAUAUUGUUGAAUCCCAACUUGAUUUUGCAAUACAUGUUUCAUACAAAUUAUGUAUUUGUAUCUUUUUGUUUUUGUGCUGAAAGUUCUCAGUUUGGGUAAGGCUCUAUCUGUCAGAAAUAGUGUAGAGAUCACCGAGGUCACCACCCCUGCAGUUGUUGUUGGUUUUCUGAAUGUUUUGUUUUAUUUUUUACAUUUGUGUUAAUGAAGGGAAGCCAACUGGAAACUGGAUGCAUAAGCUUUUCAACUGCAUAGGGUAACCAAAUCUGUAGGUGCUCUGGUCUUUGAGAAAUUCUGAUAUUACAUUAUGCUGAUUAUAAGACUGACUUCAUCAGAAUCACUCUGGAUUCACAACAGCAUAUGAAAUCAGUAUAUAGAAUUUAUAUAUAUAAGUCACAGAUGACUUAUGACUCAUUAUGAAAGGUGUUCUCUUAAUGAGAGAAAUGUUUACUGGCAGCCCAUUUAAACCCUUCACAAUUUUACUUGGAAACAGUCUAACCAGCCUUUUUAGCUCUCCAUAACUAAUCUUGUCGAUAGUUACUUUCAUUCUUGAGAAUUACAAGAUUUCUUAUUGCUUGUUAGCUUAAAUGUUUCCUCUUCCUGCUCUUUUGUACUACACUUACUUGCUGAACCCACACUCAGGAAAAUCUGUUUUCCUUUAUUUUCAGUACAGUAUUCUUCACUUGAGAGCUGUGUGGGGUAGACUUUCCAAAGUACAAGGUGUUACUGUGUUAGCACUCCUGACUCAAAGCCAGAAGUGCCUCUUAACUUUUUCCUUCCCUCUCUUGCCCAUAGCAUAAGAACACAUAAAAUAUUUGUUGGAGAUGAGUAGAAGCAAUGUUCUGCUCAUCCUUUGAAACUAGCAUUCUCAUUGGUUUGUAUCAACAUGUCUUAAGUUUAAGUGUCCUUACUUUUACUUCUGUAUGUGAUGCAAUAUUCCUGAGAUAUAAAGAAGGCAAAAAAUAUAGUCUUGACUCCUCCUGUGAUUCUGAUGCUGGUUCCAUAGUAGCUGUAAACUGGCUUAGGAACCAUUCAGUUCAGUUUUGUCAGGACCCUGAUACAGUAACAAAAUUAACCACAGUUAAACUUGACUUAAUAGUAUUGCUGAAAUAGCCUAAUUAAAGCAGAAGCUAUUUCUCCUAAGAAUCUCAUAUCUGCUAUAGUUUACUUAAUCCUUAAAAGCCAAAACAGAUUAUUCAUGGAUUCUGCUUUGUUUCUUUGGUGUAAAUACUCAUAAUCUAUUUCUAAGCUUUAUUAAUUGUUCUGUGUCUUGAAUUAUCAGCUGCCCCAGGCUGUCCAAAGUUGGUUGACUGUUUCAGAUGGAGAAGGGGAAAGAAAAGGAAAACAGGAAAAGAUCAGUUUUCUCUUGUCUUACAGCUGCCAUGAUCCAAAUUCUUCUCUUGUGAAGCUAAAUGUGUAACUGAUCAUCUGGGAGCAUCAUCCUUUCCUCUUGUCCCUUUGCACAGUUAUAACUGAAUAUUCACAUGUACCAUUGGCCUCUAUUUCCCUGGUGUAAAAAAGGAUUUAAAAUAUACACAGCUGCAGGCUGACAUCCUCAAUUCUCAUACUUGAAAUUUUGGACAUCUGGUUGGCAUUGCAACUGGCACCACAAUUGUAAGAACUUUGAUGGAAUCUCACAGAAUUGUUGAGGUUGUCUCAGACCUUUGGAGAUCAUCUAGUCCAGCUUCCUUGCAUUCAAAGCAAGGUUAGCUGGAGCAGGUGGCCCAGGACAUUUUCCAUUUGGGUCUAGAGUCUGCCCAGGAUAGAGGGACCUAUAGUAAAAGUCUUUUUCUUAAUGUUUUUAUGAAAUUUCUUCUGUUUCAUUGCCUCCAUCCUUUCAUUGGCCAGCACUAAGGAAAGCCUUCCUCUCCAUCAAGUAUUUAUACACAUUGACAAGAUGCCACUUGAGCCUUCUCCUCACCAGUUAAGCAGUGCCAGCUCUCAGCCUCCACUCCCAUCUCUUUAUUAUUUUCAUGUCCCUUUGCUGGACCUCUUCCCAGGUUGAGAAUUUCUUUCCAUUCCCUGCCCCCGUUGCUCUUCCUAAGGCAGCCCAGGAUGCUGUUGACAUUUGGGAUAAAUAUUGCCCAGGAAGGUGUGAUCUCUUGAUGUCUGUGUUGCUUUGUUCAAGGUGGUAGCAGUUACGUGUCUGCAUCAAAAGGAGAGCUUAACACCCACCAAUGCUUGAAAUAUCUUUUAAAAAUGAGACAAUUAUCUUUGAAAUAACCACUACUGGGGGGUGGGGGAAAUGUUGCUGUGUGUAUGUCAUUCUUUAUGAAAGAUCCUGUGGUAAAGUAGUUAGAAAGCAAGACAUUUUUGUAAUUAUGGGCCAAAAAAAAGUGUUUUAAGAUGCAGUAAGAUGCAUGUGUUGUCAUACUGAGAACAGUCUUGCAGUACCCUUUUUAUUAAAAAAAAAAAAAACAACAAAAAAAACCCCCAAAAAAGCCCCUAUCCCCUUACACAAAAAGAACCCUUUUUUUCCCCUUCUGCUGUACUCCUCAAGAAAAAAAGUUUGGCCUAUGAUACUAUUGUAGUUCAUGUUCAUGGAAAUCUGUAAAAAGUCUGCUUUUUAUUUAUCUUCACAGUCUGUAUCACAUGUUUAUUAAAAAAGAAAAAAAACUGCUUUGGUUUUUAUCACACUUUCGAGUGCUAAUGUGUAUACUAACAAAAUUAAAAUAAUAUGGUUGGUACACUUGUGAA